UGCUCACCGCGGCCGGAGGGUUUCGCGGCUAAGCGGUGCCGAGCGUCGCACAGUCGCGACGGCAGCCACCGGCGCGCGGUUAUACCCCCUUUUCUUCAAACCUGCACACGCAACCCCGCACCGCUACGUACGGCGCACGUUUUGCCUGUCUCCACGACGGCGAAGGAACGUUGCCCCAGGUUGCGAGAGAAAGAGAGAGAGAGAGGGAGAGAGAGGGCGUCUUACGCGGCUGCCCGCCGCAACCCCCCUCCGGCAUUCGUCCCCGGAGAAAGAGAGAGAAAGAAAGAGAAAGAGGGAGGGUGAGAGAGACAGAGAGGGAGGGAGGGAGAAAAAGAGAGCGACGUCGCCGUCGGCGUUUUUGAGAAUCGUUUGCUUCUCUUCAUCGAGAGCGUCGUCCGAUCGAGGGCCGGCAUCGUUCUUCAACUUCGCGACGGUGCACGUGGCGCGCGCGGCACGCGGUGUUUCAGGAGAAAGACAGAUAGAUAGGUAGACGGAUAGGUGGAUAGGUAGCGAGCUAAAGAAGUCGAAAAGGGUGAAAGGAAAACAGAGCGGGAGAAAGAGAAGGAAAGAGAGAGAGAAAUAUAUAGUGGCACGGAGGAAGGAGAGAGAGGUGGAAAAAGGGGGAGAGACAAAGGGGGGCGGGAAGAGAGAGAGAGAGAGAGAUAGGGGUAAAGAAACGGAGCACGAGGAACUGCAUCCCGGCGGACGGAGCAAGAGUCACCAAAGAGAGCCAAAGGGAGCCUCGUAUCUUCCCUCUUGUUUUUUCCGUCAAUCUUACCACGUAAAGAAGGACGGAGGAACCGACGGUCACGAGUGAGUUGGCGAGGAGGAAGCGGGACAUGCUGGAGCCACGCUGGAGACCCGUCCAGAUCAACAUUAUAUUCUACAAUUCCGUCGUUGUUCAUCGUACCGGUCAGUGGUGUAUACUUCCCUGGCUUCUGAGACACAGUGACGUGGCUUGUUGAUGGACACAUUGGUGAAAAUCCGUUCGACAACGGUUCGUGGGGAAAGGAGCAUUUUCAGCCAUCGACAGUUCCCUGGCAGCUGAAUCCACGCGGCCACGGUCGUCCUAGUGACGAUGGCAUAAUGGAUCAUGACACAGACGGAGACGGCGCGAUCAACUUGUCAACGUCACAGCGACCCUCCGCCGCCACUACCCCUAAUGGUGAUACUCCCACUUACGGCCAAGAUCAACAAGACAACGAUCAGGCUACUUCGCUGUUUGCAGCCCUGAAACAGCAGCAACAACAAUCGCGCGACAGCGUCUUCUCGUCGCGGGACCGCGAUUGCCGCGACAGGGAUCGCCUGUCUACGACUCGCAAUCGUGACUCCGGCAGGGGUAACAUUGCGGAGACCGGCGGCGGCAACGGGGCUGCUGAACAGCAGCAGCAGGAUCUUAGUAUCGAGUACCAAAGCAAUGGGAAGCUCAGUCCCGCCGGACACGCAGUGACAGCAGCACCCAUGACCCAGCAAAAGCAGCCAAUUAUCACGCAGCAGUCGCAACAGCCCAGCUCGGGGGCGCCAGGGCCCCAACCUAGUCCGCAUCAAAGUCCGCAAGCCCCACAGAGAAGUUCGCCGUCGAAUCCUUCCCAGGGCCCGCCACCCGGUGGCCCGCCAGGGGCACCGCCGUCGCAGACUCCCUCGCAGAUGAUGCUCAGCUCGGCGAGCGGUCUCCAUCAAAUGCAACAGCUGCUGCAACAACACAUACUCAGCCCUACGCAAUUGCAGUCCUUCAUGCAGCAGCACACGUUGUACAUGCAACAACAGCAGCAUCAUCAGGAUUCAUCUUCCGAUCAUGCAUCUAACCAAGAACGUUUCGGCUAUUUCUCUUCUUUAAAAAACCAUCAGCAUCAACUUGCGGAACUCAAUAAAAAACAAUUGGAACAAGCGAUGCAGCAACUGCAGGAACAGUUGCAGCUGAAUUUAUUUCAACAGACGCAUUUAUUGCAAACAGCAGACAAGAAAAAGGCAUCGGCACCUCUCCAACAAUUAGCGAUCCAGCAACAGCAACUGAUACAGCAACUGCAGAUAACACAAAGGCAAUAUCUAUUGCAACAAGGACUAAGCCUUCAAGGUCACAAUCCUUCUUCAGCAGGUUUGCCGCCAAGUGAUAAUUUAUCAUCAUGGAAAUCAGAGCCGUCGGAUACCCCGGAAUCCCACCAGAAUUCCAGCGUGCCGAAGUCCAAUUCCGGAUUGAAUGGCAUUCUGAAUUCGAUAGCUUCAAGCCGGCGAUCCGAGGUAAAUGGCACAACGCCAAUGGAUGAAAAGCCGCUGGACGCCUCCUGCAACGAUAAAGUUCACCCCCUCUAUGGCCAUGGGGUUUGCAAGUGGCCAGGCUGUGAAGUAAUUUGUGAAGACUAUCAAGCAUUCCUUAAACACUUAAAUACAGAACACACGUUGGAUGACCGAUCGACAGCGCAAGCCAGGGUCCAGAUGCAAGUAGUAUCACAGCUAGAAAUUCAAUUACAAAAAGAACGAGACCGAUUAGGUGCUAUGAUGCAUCAUCUGCAUAUGGCAAAGCAGAUGGCUUCUCCAGAACCACCAAAAUCAUCUGAAUCAUCGACGGGCUCGAAUUUACCAAAGCUGAAUUUUUCCACUGCGCUAAUGAGCCAGCCGCCACCUAACUUCGGGGUCUCUCAGGUAUCACCGGUGUCCAUGUCCGCUCUAGUGUCCGCCGUGAGGUCACCUGGCGGUGGUCAACUACCCCCAUCGGCCGGCGGUGCUCCGAUACCGCCACUUCCGUCUAUACCUAACAUGUCCGGUUUACCGCCGAUGCCCAAUAUGCCCGGUAGCAUGCCAAGCAUGGCUGGUCCAAUUAGACGGCGCAUCAGCGACAAAUCAGCUCUUUCUCUGGCAGGAGGACUGUAUGACGAGGGCACUGUAAGGCGCAGAGUAUCCGUCGAUAGAUCUGGAUUAGAUAUUAACGAAGAAAUUCAACGAAAUAGGGAAUUCUACAAGAAUGCAGACGUCAGACCACCGUUCACGUAUGCAUCCUUAAUUCGGCAGUCCAUCAUUGAAUCUCCCGAGAAGCAACUGACGCUCAACGAAAUUUACAACUGGUUCCAAAAUACAUUCUGCUACUUCCGGCGCAACGCAGCAACGUGGAAGAACGCGAUCCGCACCAAUCUAUCAUUGCACAAGUGUUUUGUGCGCUAUGAGGACGACUUCGGGUCAUUCUGGAUGGUGGACGACGCCGAGUUCGUAAAGCGGCGGCAUCUGUCCCGCGGCCGCCCCAGGAAAUAUGACCCAACCCCAUCACCCACUCCACCCCACCUCUCCGCACAGGGUGUCCCGUCGAAGAGUCCAACUCUAACGCACAGUCCUACUAUGUAUGGUGAUGCGCUUAACGCCAACCUGCAGUAUUUUCAGGCGCUCGGGGAAUCUAAUAUGGGUUUUUUGAACAAUCCAAUGUGCACGUCGACAGCGACAAGUCCCGAUAAGGAACAUGUGUUACCUCAUAAUGAUUUAAUGUCGCCGCUGGAUGAACCGGCCAUGCACAUAAAACAGGAGAGCCAGAGCCCGGAAGGAGGAAAGCACACGAGAUUAAUAAAGCGCGAGCUACCGGACGGUCCCAUGGAGCAGGAGACGGAGGAGGAUCAGACGGACGACAGAGAAUACUCGGAGAGCCACGGCCACGAUUCCGGCCAGGACGAGGACAUGGCCGAGGACCUGUCGAUGGCGCCCGACAUAAUGAUCCCGGAGGAUCAGGUCGAGGCGUAGUAUCGCUUCGCCGCGACAAGCCAGUAGACACGAGAUGUAUACAAGGUGUCCCGUUUAUUCGGUCGUGAGAGGAGUUAUGCUCUACCCUCUUUGGGGCUAGAGCAGAGUAAAGACGGUAGGCAGAGGGAAAAAGAAAGAGGGAAAGGAUGAGAAGCAGAGAAUAACGGAAGCAGAGGGUCGAAGAGGACGAUGAAGGCGCCCCAGGACCACCCACCCCCUCCACUUCUCCUUCGUACGAAUCCCCCUCAACGUAUCAUAUCUGUACCGCGACACCCCAAUCGCGGCUUUAAGGUAACGAAAAGGAGCCAAGCGCGAAUGUGUUGAGAAAAAGACACUGAACGAUGACGACGGUGACGAGCGUAUUUCCGGAUGAUGUAUGUAAUCGCGAAAAUCUCGGCGAUAUUCGGGAAGCGAUCUUUCGAUCCAUAUCUUUACUCAAGCAAUUGCGAACAACGAUGUAUUUUAUUUUCCUCUCGAUCUUUUCCGUUCCGGAGCCGCGGUUAUAUCUCUAAUAGACAUAUACAUAAAUAUAUACAUAUAUAUACAUAUAUAUAUAUCUCGUGUACAUUGCAUUAGAAAUUAAUGUGACGACAGUGGGGCACUGACCUGGGGGACCGCCUUGCGAUCGGCGAGCGUCCCCGAGAAAUGCGACGGGAAUUAUUCUUCGCCGGAGGAACCGAUGUAGCCUCGCGAUCAUACAUUUAUACAUGUCGGUAUGCGUGCAUAGAUAAAACUCGAAUACAGUGAUCGCAAUGUAUCAAAUCUUGAACCUCUUUUUUGUAUUAUGUUGAAAUACAUCGAACUGGUAGUCAGAAAAAUUUUGUUACGAAAUAUUACACACGUGUUAUAUGUGAAAAAGUUUCUUUAUGUAAUAUGUCAUGACGUUAAAUUGAGAAGUUAACUACGUAUUAAUACGAUACUUAUAUCGUAUAUACAGAUUAUGUUUUUACAUUUUGAAAAAGUAAGAUCGUUUUUUAUUUUGAUUAUGAUUGAUUAAAAAAAAAUAAUUUAAAAAUCUUUCCACGAGAACACUGCAAAUUGUUUGAUGCGAGAGACAAUGCGCUAUGCUUAUCUAUUUAAUGAGUCCAGAUUGGAGAAAGGAAGAAAAAUUUUUCGAUAAAUAAGAAACGAUGAGAAUCCCCAGGAAGCAUCGCGCGGUUCCAUCGGAGAAGCGAGUCGAUCAGAGAGUCCAACGGGAUUGAACUAGGAAAUAAAUCGAUGAAGCCGUGGUGGUGGUGGUGGUGGUGGGUACGUUCGGGAGCGACUGAGUUUAGUCUUUAAGUUUAGACGUUCGUUUCCGACGAACGAAGAGCAAUGCUAGCACUAUUCUCGCAACUAAGCGGGUCCUACCGUCUCGAAGAGGCCCAGUAUCAGACAAGUUAAACUAAGAAUCGCAUCCGAGCGACGAGACCGGAUGCGUCCCGGCGUACCCGUCCGCUACUGUUGGUAGCACUCUGUAUAGUCUAGCAAAGUUGAUCGUAAGUAGUUUCGUAUUCAUUAAACGGUAAUUAAUUGCAGGUCGAGACGGUCGAGAUAUUUGUAAAUGGGCGCUACGAUACACGACACACGCGCGCGCGCGACGAUCUUUCAAAUUACUUUCCGAUCGAGCCGAUCAGGAAUCCGUGAUGCAGAACGAUAGACAUGAUAGAUGAACGUAGCUCUGCGAGACGAUCGAAGAAUGUUACGAACGGGGAUAAGUGGGAAGAUCGCUAACGCGACGUUUUAUAUUUACAUACACGUAUUACAUUAUAUAUAUAUAUGGCAAAUAAAAUUUCAAAUUUUACGCAAGGCAUUAGCAGUUUUUUGUACGAUAUAUUUAACUUUGCCGUUUCCAUAUAUAAGGUAUAAGAUAGACUCAGCACCCCGUGGCGAGAUGGUGCUUUUCGAGUUUCCAACGCAUUGAAAGCUAGUAUUUCAACGUUUUGGAUAAUUAACAUAAAAUUUCGAACUGUUAGGUAUUGCGCGUUCAAGAAGAUUAUAUUAGAGUUAUUAGCACUUCCUUCUGUGAUACGUGAUGAAUAUAGUAAGACCUCUAUAUUUAAUUAUACACAUAUAUAAAUAUAUAAUUAAGGGACUUAUAUAUAUAUACGUUACAAGUCGUUUUUGGUUGCUAAGUCUAUUGUAUAUCAAUAUAAUUAUCGAUCAAUUACAGGCAAUUGAUGUGUGCCACACGCUAUUGAGAUAUGUAUGACAAAAUAUUACAUUAAAAAAAAUGCUAAGGUAUCACGUUAAUGAUCUCCCUACUUCUCUAAACGCGAAGUCUAUAAAUAAAGUACGCUAUGUAUGCAUAUAUACAUAUAUUAUUACGUAUACGUAUCGAAAUUAUAAGAAAUUAGAUGUCGAUGAUCCUCUCCAUCAAACUUUUUCCCCAUCCUCGUCCAAUCCUAAUCCAAUUAAUAUACAUGCCGAUCGAGGCCAGUAGAUUCCUUCUAAAGAGUGCGUGGUCUCGAAUCCCAAAAACAAGACAUAGAUGAAGCGCGCUCAUAUCGGUACUAAUAUUUUGAAUUGUUCAGAAUCUAUCGGUAACACGGACAAUUCAAAUCUGUCUUAAGGAAUUAGUGUAUUUUUCAUUUUGGUCUUCAUAUGUGUUUAACGAUAAAUGUUUGUCAAAUUUAGAAGUUGUUUUAGUUGCCAUCGUAAAGCACUUACGUCAUUUUUGCACAGUGACUGAUGGAGAAGGAAAAUAUAAUUAUAUAUUUUAUUAGAUCAUAACGAGACGGUUAUGUGCAAUCUGGAAAAUUAUUACUUGCACAAAUUGAGAAAAUAACGCAAAGUUACAUUUUGUGCCACAGAAUGUUUAAUUUCAAGUUAAAUAGCGUAAUUUUUUGCUGCGUCAAAUAUCGUGAGAUUUCUUGGGGACAAGUUUGGAAGAGAAUUUUAUAUUUCUACGUUUACUUAUAUUAUUAUAGUUAUUCAAUCUUAGUUUCCGUUGUAAUUAAUAAAUAUAAUUUUAUUCGACGUUAUUAUGUGUAUGUACACGACAUUAAUGGAUAUUGAUAUUUCAAUGAAGAUACAAAUAUAUAGAGUGUGGGAGUUUAUGAAUUUUCACAAUGAGUUUAACAAAAAUAGUUUAGCUAAAAUAAUGUUGGCAAAAAAAACAACUUAUCUCGGAUCAUUCGCGUAAUAUGGCUCAUAACGUGAAAUCUCUUUCUCUCUUAUAAACUUCUACACUCUAUGACAUUCGCAAUUAUUCAAAUUUAUUACCUUAGAUGAAUUAUCUCGUCUCUGUUUAUCGAGGUAAACACAUGCCAUUACGGGAGAAUAAAGUAUAAUGCGAAUGUACGGAUUAAUGUUUCUGUAACAAUCAAAUAAAAAUAAGAAGAUUGCAAUAUUAUUGACAUAAUACAAAUAUUGUGAGUUGUAUAUUUUCAAAUUUUCGAUAUUCAAAUCGAACUAAACUUGUAUGUAUAAUUCGAGUAAAUCUUUUCCAUCAGCGAUCUGAAAUUUAUAUUACUAAAACUGUCCACAUUUGAUAUUUCUAAUACAUAUAGAGCAUCAAAUAGUUUUAUUUAGUUUAUUGCAAAUUAUAUUUU